AUGGGCUACAAGUUACAACAUGUAGUAGAGGAAGCUGAGGAGAUGAAAAUAGUGCCAACCUUGCCUGCAAUCCCUCAGCCACAAACACCACAGGAGCCUAUGGAGUUUUUGUCAAGGUCAUGGAGUCCUGACAAAUUCCCAAAAGCAAUUGUUGUGCCACAACUAACAGGAAAGAUUGUAAAGUCUGUUAAUAAUCGGAGAAUGAAGUCUAUGGGCAAAUGGUUCCACCAUAAGGAGUUCACUAGUAGCACAGUGAAGAAGAAAGAUAAGGAACGGGUAGAAAGAGCACGACUGCCGUCUCCAUUGCAGGAGUUGCUGCAGCCUUGGUUGCUGUAA